CACCACCACAACUAGAUUAAAACUGAACUGAAAGCCAUUAUUAACCAGGCCCUGAUCAGCAGCCGAGAGUAACUCGAUCCCUCCCCCUCUCCUCCUCCUUCCCCUUCCCCUCUCUCCUCCUCCGGCUUUCGGUGGCCGGCAGCAAUGAGUCCCAGCGCUUAUACCUCCUCCAUUACCGCAAUCCUUUCAUCCUCGCUGCUCCUGCCGUCCGUCCUGAUGAUCGCAUGCCUCCUCUUCCUCUACCUCGCGUAUCGUCUGGCCCUGAGGGCCUUCUCUUCCUCCGCUUCUGCCGCCGCUGCCACAGCGCCGGCGCGUAAGCUGCCUCUGCCGCCGGGCUCCAUGGGCUGGCCCUACAUCGGAGAGACCUUCCAGCUCUACUCCAACAGCAACCCCAACAUCUUCUUCGCCCUCAAACAGAAGAGGUACGGGUCGAUCUUCAAGACCCACAUACUGGGGUGCCCCUGCGUGAUGGUGUCGAGCCCGGAGGCGGCCAGGCUGGUUCUGGUCACGCGGGCUCACCUGUUCAAGCCCACCUUUCCGGCCAGUAAGGAGUGCAUGCUGGGCCCCCAGGCCAUCUUCUUCCAGCAGGGGGAGUACCACGCCCGCCUCAGACGCCUCGUCCUCCGCGCCUUCAUGCCAGACGGAAUCCGAGGCUUCGUCCCCAACAUUGAAUCCGUCGCCCUCUGCGCCCUCCGCUCCUGGGACGGCCGCAUGGUCAACACCUUCCAGGAGAUGAAGACGUAUGCAUUGAAUGUGGCGCUCCUGUCUAUAUUCGGCAAGGAUGAAAUUUCGUACAUGGAGGAACUGAAGCAGUGCUACUACACUCUGGAGAAGGGCUAUAACUCCAUGCCCAUCAACCUGCCCGGAACCCUCUUCCACAAAGCAAUGAAGGCGAGGAAGCAGCUGGGCCAGAUUGUGGCCAAGAUCAUCUCAUCCCGGAGAGAGAAGAAGGUCGGCGAUGCCGGCGGCCUGCUCAGGUCUUUCAUGGAGGCUAAGGAAGCCCUCACCGAAGAGCAGAUCAGUGACAACAUCAUUGGCGUCAUCUUCGCCGCGAGAGAUACUACAGCAAGUGUGCUCACCUGGAUCGUCAAGUUCCUUGGAGAGAAUCCCGCCGUCCUGCAAGCCGUCACUGAAGAGCAGGAGGAAAUCAUGAACAGCAAAGUAGUGGAUGAGGAAGAGAAGUCUCUGAGUUGGGCUGAUACCAAGAGGAUGCCGAUGACUUCGAGGGUAAUUCAGGAGACGAUGAGGGUCGCCUCUAUCCUAUCCUUCACCUUCAGAGAAGCUGUGCAAGAUGUCGAGCUCGAAGGUCGGUUCUUCUUCUUCUUCUUCUUCUUCUUCUUUCAACUUGCAUUUUGUCGCGUCCCUUGGUUUGACUUGCGGUUAUUUGGUAAUGCAGGGUAUCUCAUUCCAAAGGGAUGGAAAGUGAUGCCACUCUUCAGAAACAUUCAUCACAGCCCCGACAACUUUCCCAACCCAGAAAAGUUUGAUCCCUCCAGAUUUGAGGUUUCUCCAAAGCCCAAUACCUUCAUGCCGUUUGGAAAUGGGUCCCACUCGUGCCCUGGUAACGAGCUGGCCAAGCUGGAGAUGCUGGUCCUGCUCCAUCACCUCACGACCAAAUACAGGUGGUCUGUAUCAGGAUUGCAGAGUGGAAUACAGUUUGGACCUUUCGCUCUGCCGCUGAAUGGGUUGCCCAUGACUUUCUCGCGCAAGAUUUGAUUCCACGUCCGCAUCAACUUCAUCAGAAUUGUUGCCAAAUACAAGACGACUGCAGUCAAAGAAUGCACGCAUCACCUCCGCAAGGUUAAGUUGAUGCAGAGGAAAGUGAUUGCAGUUCCAAAGGCAGGAAAUCAUACUAUUUGAAGCAAUUACUAGUAAUACUACGCAAGUAGAAAUAGCACAGUUGAAAGUGGGAGAUGCAAAGCCUCUUCCACUGCAAAGCACAUAUCCGUCUGGAUCUUUACAAGAAAGAAUGAUCCAUUACGGACAACAAAAUAUCCCAAGGAAGGGAAUCAUACCGUGUCUUCGUUUCUACAUUUGUUUAUAACUUUUCCGUUGGAAAGAAUUGUAAAAGAAACAUUAGAGGAGGUUUUCUGAGAGGAACUGUAGAUUCUGGCGAUCAAUCAAUAAAAUCAGAAUAAAGAGCAAUAGAUAUGACUUUUUAGAGAAGAUACGCCUCAUCGGAUAGUGCUACUCCUGUGUACUUGAUUGGGUAAGUUGGGUUAGCUUUCAAAUAAUAACAUUACAUGGGUAAACAUAUGUCCAACCUGAUUUGAUUUAAGUGAAGGGAAGGCCAAUCCAAACCCAAAUGGCUGAAGAGAAAGGCCAAAUUUAAUUCAAA